AUGCAGGACCCCACGGAGCCUUCGGGACCCCGACUGUCCCCAGAGCCCCCAAAGAGGCAGCGGCAGGAGCGCACAGUCUACACCAAGAGACAGCAGGCCGUGCUGGAGGAGAGCUUUGAGAAGAAUUUCUACCCGACCUACGAAACCCGGGUAGCCCUGGCGGCCGAGCUCAACCUGAUGGAGCACCAAGUGCAGAGCCUGGAGUCCGCCAAUAGGGUCUGGAGGUGGAGGAAAGGCGGCAGGCCAGCCCCGCCCCCAGCGGCCUCACCUGAGCCCCCUGGUAACCUCCUCCCUGUGCCUCCGCCCUCCCAGGUGUGGUUCAAGAACCGCCGUGCCAAGCGCUCCCGGCAGCAGCACCAGCAGCAGCUCCCACUCCUCUCCGGGCAGCAAGGCGCAGGCCGUGGAGUCCGCACUGCGCCCCGCUGCCCCGGAGCUGUUGCCCCCGUCUCAGGGGUCCCUGUGUGCCCGCAGGGUCCUGGUUUCUGGAGCUCCUCCGGGCCCAGCUCCUCGGGACUCUCUUCAGCAGCAGAAGCCGCGGUCUGCAGCCUCCACCAGGCCUGGGGGGGUCCUGGGUGCAGCGCCCAGCAGGGGGUCCUGACUGCCCAGGGACCGGGGGUGUCAGGCCCAAUCCCAGGCCCAGCCACCAUCCCAGGCCCAAUGUCAGGUUCAGUAUCAGGCCCAAAGCCAAUGUCAGGCCCAAUCCCAGGUCCAGCCACCAUCCCAGGCCCAAUGUCAGGCCCAGGCCCAGCCACCAUCUCAACCCCAAUGUCAGGCUCAGUAUCAGGCCCAAGGCCAAUGUCAGGCCCAAUCCCAGGCCCAGCCACCAUCCCAGGCCCAAUGUCAGGCUUAGACCUAAUGUCAGGCCCAGGCCCAGCCACCAUCUCAACCCCAAUGUCAGGCUCAGGCUCAGUGUCAGGCCCAAGGCCAAUGUCAGACCCAAUCCCAGGCCCAGCCACCAUCCCAAACCCCUACUCCUCGGAAUUCCUGCCGGACAUGCCCUCAUUCUCUGACUUCUUGGAGUUCUCCUCAUCCCAAGACCCCUUCGAGGGAUCCUCGGUCUCCACCACCAUGUCUGGGUACGAAGAGGAGAAUGACUCUGUGGACAGAAAACACUCAGGCUCCAGGUAG